CACCUUGUUCUCCAGCCACCUUCCCCUGGAUCCUGAUCUCGGUGACAAUCACCUCCGCAUCCACGACAGCUCACUAACAUUUCGACUUGGGUCCAACCUUGACUCACGUCAUGCCUAAGCUCGCUUUGCAAAUCCGAGCCCAGCUCAGCGGCGUAAAGGAGCUGCGGCCUUCGACGGAUGAUGCUCAGCUCGUGACAACGGUGAAAUGCACGAGCUGUCAAGAGGAACAUGCUAAGCCCGUCUCUUUCAACGUGACGGAUGAGGUGGAAGUGCAGGGAGGUAGAGGCGUCGCCAACUUUGUGAUGCAUUGCGGCUUUUGCAAGAAUCAAGGAUCAGCUAAGUUUGACACGCCCACUUCCAAGGUGCCCCUCUGGCAGUCCUACACCGGUCCAGACUAUGCGCGUUUGACAACUCUAGAGUUCAGAGGAUUGGAGCCCGUCGGCUUCCAAGCGGAUCAGAUGACCUGGAGAUGCGCGGGCGAAGAGAGCGGCACCAAGUUUGACGACAUCGCUCUGGAGGAUGGGGAGUGGACAGAUUACGAUGAGAAGACGAACAAUGAGACCAGCAUCAUGGAAGUUGAAAGCAAAUGGGUCAGGGCGUAAAUUCGAAAGAUUUCAAGCUAGACGAUGAGUUCGCGUGUGGAAUUUCGUGCCGAGAGACGGAGACGGGCGUAUUUGGCAUGAGUUGCAAGCGCUCAGUCUCCGAGUGUCGAUUCGACAUCGAUGUGCAUUGCAUCCUGGUCCACCGAUGAGCUGUCAGGCGAGCGAAGCGACCAGCCGCCGGAUGUCCCAGGCGCUCUAUUUGCGGGCGACAUACACAAUGAUGGCCCACUUGCCAUUG